UAAAAUCGAGUGUAACUGGAUGCAUCCAUUUUAAAAUAUGUGACAAUUAUUAUGUCAUCAUUCUGCUUAAUUUUAAAUUAAGAAAACAUAAAGGUUAUAUUUACAGCCCAAACAAAUGUAUCAAAUUGUUAAUAUUGGAGUAUUGGAAUAUUGGAGUAUUCUAAGGACCAGUGAUUUGCAAUGGGCACAACACUGCAAACCUGUCUAUGGAAACAGACAUCGAACUGACAGAAGUACCCACUGGCAUACUGUGCCAGCAUAGUCUGAGUAUUAACAUAUUGCAAGAGAAAUGGAAGAUUGGAUGCUGUGGGGAGUUCUAUGUCUUCUUCGGGUGAUUUGGUGCCUUGCUCCACAAAGGGGAUACCUGCAUCCUGAUGAAUUCUUUCAGUCUCCUGAAGUGAUGGCAGGUGACAUUUUGGAUCUGGAUACCAACCGUCCUUGGGAAUUUCUGCCUACCUUUCCCUGCAGGACAGUGCUCAUUCCUCUCCUAACAUCUGGUACUGCCUUCUGGAUUAUUGGAAUACUACAACAGUUGGGAAUUCACACAGCCUUCAGUUAUAGUUACCUUCUUCUAGUGCUUCCACGUCUAGUCAUAACAGUCCUUUCCUUUCUUCUGGACUACACCAUCUAUCAGGUUGCACCAGUCUUUGCUUCGAAUCCAUGGAAGGCAUUGCUCCUCCUAUCCGUGUCCUAUGUAACACUAGUGUUCUACACGAGAACAAUCAGCAAUGCUAUAGAAGGUAUAUUAUUUGCUCUAUUACUGCUCCUUACAUUACCUUCAAGCUGUAACAUCACAUCAAGAUUUAGGGGAUCCAAGGCUCAUCACCUAAUCGGUAUGGUCUUAGCAGCCGGAUUUUUCAACAGACCGACAUUUCUCUGUUUCGCUUUUAUGCCAGUACUUUACUGGGCUUCCCAAAAUGACGUUUCACGAUUCUCAUACACAACCAUCAUAAAUGUAAUCAAGCUAUUACCUAGCACAGUUGUUACCUCCACCAUUUUUAUAGUGUCUGAUACAAUGUACUAUACUGGACAAUAUCCUUUUUCGAUAAACAAUAUGGAAAAUGAUGCUCAUCACCUGAAACAGAAUAUUAUUUUAACUCCUUUUAACUUUCUUUGUUACAAUCUCAAUCCAAACAAUCUUGCACAGCAUGGGACCCACCCUCCCAUAACUCACUUGGCAGUUAAUAGUCUCAUGCUCUUUGGACCCCUCCAUUUAUCGGCAGUGUUCUCUGGCUUUAAUUUAUUAAGGAAACAGAUAUGGCCCAAAUCUAACCCUAAUGACACUGAAUGUGAAGGACCAUCUUCACACAAAGCUAGGUUAUUGCUAUUUUAUUUUGUUCCACUGACAGCUCUGUCAUUAUUUAACCAUCAAGAACCGCGUUUUCUUGUUCCCCUGGUGUUACCCCUGGUUUUAUUAGUUUCCAGUUAUAGCAGAGCUACAAAAAUAAAAUUUAUCUUCAUGUUUAAUAUCCUUGGAGCCCUAUUCUUUGGCUGCCUUCAUCAGGCUGGAUUAAUUCCAAGUUUACUCCACAUACAGCAUAUUUUGCAGUCCACAUCCAGCUCUGGAAACAUCUCACAUCACCAUACAAUACUAUUCACACAUACAUACAUGCCUCCUCAUUACUUGUUAAACUUAAGAAAAGGCCAAACAUCAGUGGACAUUAUUGAUCUUGCCGGAUUCGUUGAAGACCAACUGUGCCAAAAGCUACAAGACAUACAAGAAGAUCUUACUCACAGAGAUACACAACUGCUAGGCGCAACCAGCCAUGAUUUUAUAAUUGUGCUUCCUGGCACUAUUAUUUCAAUAAUAGAUAGCUGUGGCUUGGUCUAUAAAUCUGACACUUGGUUUAUACCACAUUUAUCUAUGGAAGAUCCUCCCACAAUCUCCCACUUGCUUAAAGGUAAUAUCAUGCGUUACCUAGCCCUGCAUGUAAUUGAAUUGGAGGUGCCUACAGUAAGGUGGUGGAAGAGGUGAUGUAUGCUACGCAGGGCUUUCUUCCCUCAGAGAAUAGAUGGAGGUACCCCACCCCUGGGUCACCCUCGUCUCCGAUCCCUACUGACCUCCCAGCACUGCCACUUGUCUAUGUUUCUACCCACAUCCCAGCAACAGUAGUUUUCCCCCAACAGCAACAAUAAUUCACCAUGCAGAAACAUUUAAUCCCCAAAAGGCAACAAUAAAUCCCCCAGCAGCAAUAGUAAUUCCCCCUGCAGCAAUAAUAAAUCCCUCAGCAGCAAUAAUAACUGCCCCAGCAGCAAUAUUAAAUCCCCCCGCAGCAAUAUUAUAUCCCCCAGCAGCAAUAAUUAAUUUCUAACAGCAACAAUAAAUCCCCCAGCAGAAACAAUACAGAAUGAGGCAGUGAGAAAUAGGCAACAUACAGCAUGAUAUACAGAAGUAGGUGGUGCAUAAAAGGAAAUGUACAGCAUGGCAUAUGGAAUGAGGUGGUGCGGAAUAGGGAACAUACAGCAUGCCAUAGAGAAAGAGGUGGCGUGGAAUAGGGAAUGUACAACUUUCGAAUGAGGAGGUGCGGAAUAGAGAAUGUAAAGCAUGGCAUAUGGAAUGAGGUGGUGUGGAAUCAGGAAAAGAGAGCAUGGCAUAUGGAAUGAGGCGGGCUGGGAUCAGGAAUGUACAGCAUGGCAUAUGGAGUGACACGGUGUGAAAUAGGCAACGUACAACAUGGCACAUGUACUGAGGUGGUGUAGAGCAGGGAAAGUACAGCACAACAUACUGAAUAAGAUGGUGCGGAAUAGGGAAUGUACAGCAAAACACACAGUAUGGUGCAGAAUAGGGAAAGUAUAGCAUGAUAUAUGGAAUGAAGCAGUGCUAUGGAGAAAAGGGGGGCAGAGGACACUACUGUGUGUGUGUGGGGAGGCAAUGUGAAGUGGGCAGGACCACCCCCAUAGCAGUGUCCUCUA